GCCAAAAUGAUCAAGAGUGAGUAAUUUAACCCACCGCUCUCAACUUAGCCCAAAAAAUUGGUGAGAAUUGCUUCGCCAAUAAACUCUUAGCUUCGGAGUAAAAGGGAAAAAUUUGCUGAUUCCCCUCAUCAGUCCGCUCCGUCAUUGAUUGAAGCAUCAUGGCAAAGAAGGUGAUAGAUUUUGCUCGUUCCGAAUCUAACAGCUCCUUCGAAUCCGGAAGCCCUGGAGUUGCCAGAGGAGAUGCCGACGAUGCCGAGGGGUAUGAAAGCGAUGAAUUCGUUGCGUUUAAGGAUCACCUGCACUCUGGUGUUGACUUCCGGCCAACUCCGCCCCUCCGAUCCUCCGGCUCACUCGCUUCCUCUUUUUCUCUCAAAAGCAGCAGUGGUGUUACAGGAAGACGCGGUGAUGCUGGUGGCAGGGAAGAUGGGGUUUCUUAUGCUGCUGUUAUCGCUUCUAUGAUUGACGGGAAAAUGAAAGGGCAUGUUGGUCGUCUGCUACGAGCUGCACAUGUUAUCAGUGCGCAAAUAACUCAGAUGGAGAAUAGGAACAAUCAAUUGGAGGGGUCGAUUGCUAACUUGAAGGAUUCAACAGAGUUCUACCACCGGAAAACAGGGAGAAGGCUGAGAGAACUGGAGGAUAUGAUGACAGAGGUUCAAAGCGGCAUUCAAGACUUGAGAGAUAAACAAAAGAUAGCGGAAGUUCAGCUUCAGCUAGCAAUGGUUCAACAAAUUAGAGUUGAUUUACAAUCAAAACAACAGAACAGGAAUACUCAGAAUAAAGGGGUUCAGCAACAAGUGUCAUCUGCCCAUUCGCAGGAUUGCCAACCACAUCCAAGCCCUGCCGCUUGCCAACAAAAACUCUCUGAUCUACCUUCUUAUGCUCCGCCUUGCUCCCCUCAAAAUUCAUUGCAAAUACCUGCAAAUACAGCAACAGCAGUUCUUCAACAAUUGGGGCAGAACCAAUCCAAUUUUGUUCAACAAUAUCAAACAUGCACCCGACCACAGCUGCCAACUCUUGAUUCUGCUAAUCGCCAGCACUGUAUGCGUCUAACUCAACCACCAGUGACACAAUAUCGACCUUAUAUGAACUCAUCAUUUUCAGAAUCGUCUCAAUUGCCUCAUCCACAGGCACCCUACAGUACUCUCCACGCUUCUGUUAAUCAAGGGCAUCACCAACCCCCAAAGCAACCUUACAUGCCACCUGAAUAUUCUUGCCUUCCCAUCCCUGUAUUACCGUCUGCCACUGGGAAGACCCCUUUGCAUCAACAACCCGGAAAUGGAAACGCAAGUGAUUAUGUUGCAAGGCCUCCCCCUGACUACUGGAGUUUGGCCACGAAAACUUCACAACCUCCGCUCUCGUUUUCUCCCACUCCAAAAGCUCUGCCCCGUGCACUACCAAUGGCCUUGGAUGUGAAGGAGGCAUCUAGUUCUCGUGGAACUGAAAGCAAUGUGUCAAUUGAAGAUAUUGUUGAAAAUGCUGUGGCAAUGGGAUUCCGGAGGAAUGCUGUGAAAGCAACGGUUAAAAAACUGGCCGAGAAUGAGCAACCGGUUGACCUUAAUCUGGUGUUAGAUAAGCUGAUAAAUAGUGGGGAACCUCAGCAGUAGGAUGGCAUGUAAUCCAUUGUUUACAUGAUAAUGUAUAAAACUCUGUACAUAUAUACUGGAUUUAUGUACGAGAUUCUUUAAUAUGCACAGUCACCAUCACUGUCUGCUAA